UUCUGCCGGGCUUUGCCCAAAUAUGUCCGUUUCCUUUUAAAAGAAGAAGGAGGAAGGAAUAAAACAUAACAUAAAGAAGAAAUAUAUUUAAUAUAUUUAAAGAGCGAGGCAUCCGCGACCGCGGAACCCAGGCGUCCGAGCGCAGCUCUGCCGCCCGCUCGCCCCAUGCCGUUCCGCAAAGGUGGACGCGGAACGCAAAAAGACCUUUGUUUUAAAAAUGCCCAUGGAGCUGACGCAAAGCCGCAUCCAGAAGAUUUGGCUUCCCAAUGACAACCGCCCGGCUCUGCCCCGCCGCUCCUGUGGGCCACAGCUUGCCAAUUCCCCCACUGUGAUAGUGAUGGUUGGCCUCCCGGCCCGCGGGAAGACCUACAUCUCCAAGAAGCUGACUCGCUACCUCAACUGGAUUGGUGUCCCAACAAAAGUUUUCAAUGUGGGGGAGUAUCGCCGUGAGGCGGUGAGGCAUUACAGCUCCUAUGAUUUCUUCCGCCCUGACAACGAGGAGGCCAUGAAAGUCAGGAGGCAAUGUGCCCUGGCUGCCCUGAGGGAUGUCAAGCUGUACCUGACAGAGGAGGCUGGCCAGAUUGCGGUUUUUGAUGCUACCAAUACCACGCGGGAGAGGAGAGGGAUGAUCCUGAAUUUUGCCAAAGAAAAUGGGUUCAAGGUGUUCUUCAUUGAAUCUGUCUGCAAUGAUCCCACGGUAGUUGCCACCAAUGUUAUGGAAGUAAAAUUGUCCAGCCCUGAUUACCGGGACUGUAAUUCAACCGAUGCCAUGGAAGACUUCAUGAAGAGGAUCAAUUGUUACCAAGCCAGCUACCAGCCACUUGACCCUGAUAACUAUGACCGGGAGCUUUCUCUCAUCAAAGUCAUCGAUGUUGGCCGGCGGUUCCUGGUCAACAGGGUUCAGGAUCACAUCCAGAGCAGGAUUGUUUACUACCUGAUGAACAUCCAUGUCCAGCCCCGCACCAUUUACCUCUGUCGGCAUGGCGAGAGCGAGUUCAACCUCAAGGGGAAGAUUGGAGGUGACUCAGGCCUCUCCAACAGGGGCAAGAAGUUUGCAUUGGCACUGAACAAAUUUGUUGAGGAGCAGAACCUGAAGGACCUCAAAGUUUGGACCAGCCAGCUGAAGAGGACAAUCCAAACGGCAGAAGCUCUCCAACUGCCCUAUGAGCAGUGGAAGGCACUCAAUGAAAUAGAUGCAGGUGUAUGUGAAGAAAUGACGUAUGAAGAAAUCAGGGAGCAGCAUCCAGAGGAGUUUGCUUUACGUGAUCAGGAUAAAUAUUACUACCGCUAUCCUUCUGGAGAGUCCUACCAAGAUCUGGUGCAGCGCCUAGAACCAGUCAUCAUGGAGCUGGAGAGACAAGAGAAUGUUCUUGUGAUCUGUCACCAGGCUGUCAUGCGCUGUCUCCUGGCAUACUUUCUGGACAAGAGUGCAGAUGAAAUGCCCUACCUGAAGUGUCCCCUUCAUACAGUGUUGAAGCUGACUCCGGUGGCCUAUGGCUGCCGGGUGGAGUCCAUCUCGCUGAACAUUGAAGCUGUCAACACCCACAGGGAACGACCAGAGGAAGCAAAGAAGGGACCUAACCCGCUCAUGAGACGUAAUAGCGUUACCCCUCUAGCAAGCCCAGAGCCCACCAAAAAACCUCGCAUCAACAGCUUUGAGGAGCAUGUGGCUGUUUCUUCCACCCUGCCAGUCUGUGUUCCUCAGGAAGUGCCCACGCAGCUGCCGGGACAACCUUUACUAGGGAAGGCAUGCCUACGACCUGUUUGUCACUUUCUCAAAGUUUUCUCUUUACUAAUAUUUCCAAGAACAUGAACAACUCGCAGAAGCCGUCGUGACUCCGUUGCUGCUGUCGCGACGCCACUGGCGACGCCGGCUUCCCAUCAUCCCAUUGCCAUUCCCGACGCUUGCUUAUAAAAAACGGUCUCCGCUUGCGGCGAGGUCGACCCUCGGCUGUUUCUACCUGUGCCAGUUCAUCUGCAAACCGCUCUGCUGAAGGGGAGAGAGAUGCAGGAGAGCGGAGGAGAGGAGCCGAGCUCCCCAGGGUCAUCACCAGGCCUUUAGGCUGCAGCAUUUGCUCUCCUCUCCGGCGUCCUGUUAGAUCGUAGCAAGCUGUAAAGUGCUUCUAGCGCACAGGAGUUUUAAUUUUCCUCUGUAAGCGGUUUUGAUCUCCUUUUGUAUAGAUGAUUGAUACCCAUCUGUCUCUGGGUGGGGUGUAUAUAUGUGGAUGGUGCGGGGUUAGCAGGGAAAUAGGGGGAAAGGGGUGGGGAGCG